UUUCUUUCUUACAACAAUUUUCUCUAUUUCUUACACUCUCUGAGAUUGAUAGACACAGCAGCCUGCAGAUAUGUCUUUUUUCAAGAAGCUAAGAGAUGAGUUUGACGGCAUGUCCGUCAAGGACCGAGACGCCGGAGGAAGCCAGGAGCAUUCCGGACAAGGAGGCUACCCUUCAGGAGGCCAAUACCCGCCUCCACAACCACCAUACGGCUCGCGUGAUCCUUACUACCAGCAGCAACAGCCUCCCUACGGCCAGCAGCAGCCCAUGUACAACCAGCCAUCCCCUCAGCCAGGCUACGGCGCCAGCCCAGCACCCUACGGCGGCGCCCCGCCACCACCGAGCGGGUACCCGCCCGUGCCCAACCAGUGGCUGCCCGUCUUCUCGGAGCAGCUGCAGCGCUGGUACUUUGUCGAGACCACAGGUCGUGCCCUGUGGGACGCGCCCGUGUACGUCCCGCCGCAGCCGCCCAUGCCUGCCUACGGCGAGUAUGCUCGUGGCGGCGAGUACGCAUCGCCUGCCGGCCCACCACCGGCUGGCGGGGAGUACCGUGGGCAGGAGGGGUAUGUGGAGCAGCCGGAGAAGAAGGAGGAGGACCACGACAAGCGCAACAUGAUGCUUGCUGCUGCGGGAGGGUUAGUUGUUGGAGGGAUUGGGGCGGCGGUUGUUGCUGAAGCCCUGGACGAUGACGACGAGGAGCACCGACCUCCCCCUCCACCGCCAGAGGAGGAGUUCCACGAGCCCCAGCCUCCUGCUGGUCCUGCCCUGGACGCGUGGGGCAACCCCAUCUCCGAGGAUGACCGUGAGAGUGUCGCGGAGGCGCGAGAGGAGUACCAGGAGACGUUGGAGGACUCGGAUGCUAGCGGUAGUGACAUCGAGGAGGCACGCGAGGAGUACCAGGAGGAGGUUGAGGAGGCGUACUACGAUGAGUAG